GUCGGAUGUGCAAUAAACAAGGACAUCUUCGUCGAGUGUGUCCGCUAGAAGUGGGACAUCAUCACUUGGGAGAUGUACAGACAUAUGAUUCAAUAUCGGAUAGCGAGGAUAGCGGGGAGUUCCAGAUACUCUAAAGUGUUUGAGGAUGGCCUGGGACGUUUCACUGGCGGCACAGUGAGCAUACACGUGCGGCCGGGAUCGCGGCCCGUGUUCAUGCGCGCGCGCCCGCUGGCAUAUGCGCUGCGCGAGCCGGUGGAGCGCGCCCUCGACCAGCUGGUGCGCGACGGCAUCCUCACCCCGGUAGACCGCUCCGACUGGGCUACGCCGAUCGUGCCGGUGGUGAAGAAAGACGGUACUAUUAGGAUUUGCGCUGACUAUAAAUUAACUUUGAAUAAGAUUUUAGAAAUCGACCGUUAUCCGUUACCUCGAGUCGAAGAUUUGCUAACUCGCUUGCACGGCGGGGAGCGUUUUAGUAAAAUUGACUUGUCGCAAGCGUAUGCACAAUUGGAACUAGAUCAAUCUAAAAAGUAUACAGUUAUUAACACACACAAGGGUAUGUUUAUGUUUAAUCGGUUAGUUUACGGGUUGGCUUCUAGUCCUGGCAUAUUUCAGAAACGUCUAGAGCAGUUAUUUGCCGAUUUGCCACAUGUAGGGGUAUUUCUAGACGACAUCAUAAUAACAGGACUCAAUACUAAGGAUCAUAUUAAUAAUUUGCACAAAGUAUUCAGCCGUUUACUAUCUCAUGGUCUUAAAGUAAAGAAAGAAAAAUGUACUUUUUUUUCAGAGUCAAUUAGUUAUUUAGGUCAUGUUAUCAGCAAACAGGGCGUACAUACGUGCCAAGACAAAGUCAAGGCUAUAGUUAAUACGCCAACACCCUGCAAUGUGUCCGAGUUACGAGCAUUUAUAGGAAUGACCAUGUAUUAUGCUAAAUUUAUUAAGAAUGUUAGUACCAUACUCGCACCCCUAUACAGAUUGCUCAGAGCGGAUGUGGUGUUUAACUGGUGUAGUGAUUGUGAGGCAGCUUUUAAUAGGGUAAAACACAUCCUAGCUUCUAGUGAGGUAUUGGUGCAUUAUUCUCCGGAUAAGCCACUCGUGUUGACGGCUGACGCGAGCGCAGUGGGGGUAGGCGCGGUGAUAUCGCACAUCACCGAGGCCGGCGAGCGGCCAGUGGCGUAUGCGUCGCGGUCACUGAGCGCCGCGGAGCGAGCAUACUCACAAAUAGACCGGGAGGCUUUGGCUAUAGUGUUUGGUAUUAGGAAAUAUCACCAAUAUCUUUACGGUCGAAAGUUUAUACUUAGGACGGACCAUAAGCCAUUGACAUAUAUUUUUGGAACCAAAGUAGGAAUACCGAUUAUGGCAGCUUCACGGUUGCAACGUUGGGCAAUUUUGUUGUCUGGUUAUAACUAUGAAAUCGAAUAUGUAGCUUCUAAGAAGAAUUGUGCCGACGGAUUAUCGAGGUUACCGCAUACUAAACAGAAACAUGGUCACAGUAAUAAUAACGAGAGGUCGUACUUAAAUUUUGUGGAAGAUUUUUUACCUGUAACGAAUAAUGAAGUUAGAAAAGAGACAGCAAAAGACCUAAUACUAAGCAGGAUAAUGUUGUAUGUACAAUCAGGUUGGCCACAGUCAUGUACAGAUGAAACAGUAAAACCUUAUUUCAUGAGACGUAAUGAGUUGUAUUCAGAUUGUGGGUGCUUAAUGUGGGGUUAUCGAAUGAUUAUACCAACCACGUUACGAGUAAAUGUGUUAAAGCAAUUACACAUAGCUCAUAUGGGUAUAGUUAAAACCAAGUCGCUGGCACGUAGUUAUGUAUGGUGGCCUAACAUAGAUAGGGACGUUGAAGCACUGUGUCAAAGUUGCGAAACUUGUUUAACAGAGGGCGCAGCCCCACCGCGAGCGCAACCUCAGCCCUGGCUGUACACUGCGCAACCUUGGAGUAGGCUACAUAUUGAUUUUCUGGGACCAUAUCACGGUAAAACAUUCCUGAUUAUAACGGAUUCAAGCAGUAAGUGGUUGGAAGUCUUCGAAAUGCCGCGUACCAAUGCUAGUCAGGUUAUUAAAGUGUUACGUAAUACAUUUGCACGGUUUGGCUUGCCUAUUGAAAUAGUGUCGGAUCAGGGCCCGCCAUUUACAAGCAUUGAAUUUAAAAACUUUUUAAAUAGUAAUGGUAUUCGGCAACUUUUCUCACCGGCAUAUCACCCAUCUUCCAAUGGUGCAGCAGAAAAUGCUGUGAAAGUAUGCAAAUCGACCAUUAGGAAAGCUUAUAAAGAUAAUGUGGAUGUGGAUGCGGCCUUACAAGCGUUUCUGUUAAGCUAUAGGAACACACCGCAUACUACAACUGGCCAAAGCCCAGCUAUGUUAUUGCAGCGGCGUUCGCUACGCACCAGGUUAGAUGUAUUGCGCAGUGACCGUACUCUAGAGGAACGGGUACGGGUCGCACAACAGCGACAAGUUGAUAACGCAGGAGGUGUAUCUCGAGAGAUUGAACCACAUGCUACCGUGUGGACGAGGAACUACGCCGGCGGGGAUAAGUGGUUAAAAGGCGUCGUGGAGGCUAAAGUAGGUUCGAGAGAAUACUUAAUAGAUAACGGUGACGGUCGAAUUACAAGGAAGCAUAUAGAUCAUAUAAAGCGCAGAGCGCGAUUAUCAGAUGUUACCUGUCCUGAUAGUAACGCUUUAGAUAGUUCAACACCAGCGACAGUACCGGUUGCUGGAGAGGGGGAUGCGGUCGCGACAUCAGAGGUAGGGGUAGGCACAGACGGUGCAGAUAACUUAAGGGAGGGCGAGAGUAGGGGUCAACUUGAAAGUCAAGCUCAACCGCCUCAGUUAUCACCGCUACCAGAGGAGCGAUCCAAGCGUGUUAGGAAACCUGUUAGUAGAUUUAAGAUAGGAUAAGCUAGUUUUAGUAAAUGUUGUAUCUUAAAAAAAAAAUAUAUAUAAAUAUAUCAUGUGUAUAAUCUGUAUGUUUAGAUUAAGUGGGGAGGUGUAAUGUAUGUGGGUAUUUAUUUAAUGUAUCAAUAUGUGUGGGUAAUUGCUCAUCAACUAAUAUUAUUUUGUACCAACGGUCUCAGUUCGAAUAUACGUCUAGCGGAA